AUUUUCUGCAUAACUAAUUCCUAUAUAACUAAUAUCCGCAUCACUUUAACCAGUAACUAAACGACCCAUUAAUUAAUUGAAAGUUUCGAGCUUAAAUCCUUAAAAUUGAAAACCCUCCACCCCUAAUAUCAAUUAGAGAUUUUGAGAACUUUUUAGCAGGAAAUCUAAUCGGUGAUUCGUCGAUCAAAGUAAACCAGAUUCGUAGUGCAUAUAUUAAUCUAAUCGGUGGUUAGUCGAUCCAAAUAAAUCAGAUUCGUAGUGCGUGUUUUACCGCGUUAUUAAUUAACCUGAUGAAAAUUCAAAUAAGUUCGAAAUAAUAGAUCGCAAGUACCAAAUUGUUUAACCAAUAAAAAAAACAGCUGAGGUAUCGAAUCUUCAUAUUUUCACGUUUUAAAUCAAUUGAAAGUUUCUUACCCCUUUGGUUCGUGAGAGUUCCGAUAGUGCCCUCAGUUUUUUUUUUUUUUCUUUCUCUGGAAAUACCCCUCCCAUGCAAUUGUGUGUGUAUACAUAGUGGUCUCCUCUCAUUAGCAAAACUUCUCUCAGCACUGCACUAGUUGUAAAUUUCUCUCCUCUUACUUUCUUCUGGCUACUUCCUUUUUGAUUAAACAAAAUGGUAGAAGUGGAGUUCUUUGAAAUCUUCACCGCUAUGGUAAAAGCGGCGACUAUAGCAGGUGGCCAUAUGCUGAGGCGUGGAGCUAAACAUUCCACAACACUAAAUCACCUGUUUACUAAAUCAGGAAAGAUGUAUCACAACCAUAUUAGCAGAACGCAGGACCCAAAACUUCCUGAAAUGUUAUCUGAUGAUGAAACAUUAGCCAAAGGAUGUAAUCUCUACAGUGGCUUUAUAAUUACAGGGGGAAUGACGCUGGUUCAGCAGAAAAGGAACUUAGAGAAGUCAAAAAGGAUUGAUGUCUUGGAGGAGAGGGUUACUGCAAUAGAGAAGUCCCCUAAAGGAAUUACGAAAAAAAGGAUUGAUGCCUUGGAGGAGAGGGUUACUGCAUUAGAGAAGUCCCUUAAGGUAUUUUUAUAA